AUGUCGUCCGCAAAGGUUGACGCCGCUCAGGUGGCCGACGGGCCUGCCAAAGAGCUCGCCGUCCGGCCCAAGGAGAAGGCCCCCAAGCCCAACAAGAAUGCCGGUCUCGAGCGCCCCGAACCCGCCGAGUUUAUCCAAUACCGUCUGGAUCUGUUUGACAAGCUCAAGGCCAGACAGGAUGCCGAGAUUGCUGCCAAGCCGCGCGAGGAAAUCACCAUUACCAUGCCCAGUGGUAAUACCACCAAGGGCACCUCGUGGGAGACGACCCCGCUGGCCAUUGCCAAGGGCAUCUCCAAGAGUCUGGUCGAGCGCACCGUCAUUGCCCAGGUUGACGGCGAGCUUUGGGACCUUACCCGCCCGCUAGAGAAGAGCUGCAAGCUCGAGCUACUCGAUUUCGAUCACACCGAGGGCAAAAAGGUCUUUUGGCACUCGUCUGCUCACAUCCUGGGCGAGGCCUGCGAGCGCCGCUUCGGCUGCUACCUCUGCAAUGGCCCGCCCACCGAGAACCCGCCCGGCUUCUACUACGACAUGGCCAACAUGGACGGCCAGGUAGUAGACGACAACGACAAGAAGGCGCUCGAGACGCUCUCGUCGUCCAUUAUCAAGGAGAAGCAGCCCUUUGAGCGCCUGGAGAUGACAAAGGACGAGCUGCUUGAAAUGUUCAAGUACAGCAAGUACAAGGAGUAUUUUAUCCAGCAGCGUGUGCCCGAUGGCACAAAGUCCACCGUCUACCGCUGCGGUCCCCUGAUUGACUUGUGCCGUGGUCCGCACGUGCCCAACACUGGUAACGUUAAGGCUUUUGCGGUUCUCCGAAGCUCUGCCGCCUACUGGCUGGGUGACGCCAAGAACGAGUCGGUGCAGCGCAUCGCUGGCGUGUCAUUUCCCGACAAGAAGGCGCUCGAGCAGCACAAGACGUUCCUGGCCGAGGCAGCCAAGCGCAACCACCGCAAAAUCGGAACCGACCAGAAGCUCUUCUUCUUUGACGAGGUGUCGCCCGGCUCGACCUUUUUCCUGCCGCACGGCGCGCGCAUCUACAACACGCUCAUGGACAUCAUCAAGGCCGAGUACCGCGCGCGCGAUUUCCAAGAGGUCAUGACGCCCAACGUGUACAAGUCGGAGCUGUGGAAGACGUCGGGCCACUGGGGCCACUACGCCGAGAACAUGUUUACGUUUGAGGUGGAAAAGGAGCAGUACGGCAUGAAGCCGAUGAACUGCCCCGGGCACUGCAAAAUCUUUAGCCACGCCGACGUCAACUACCGCGACCUGCCCUGGCGCAUGGCCGACUUUGGCGUCCUCCACCGCAACGAGUUCUCCGGUGCAUUGUCGGGCCUCACCCGCGUGCGUCGCUUCCAGCAGGACGACGCGCACAUUUUUUGCACCGUCGCCCAGAUCCGCGACGAGAUUGUCGGCUGCUUUGACUUUCUCGACGCCAUUUACGGCCUGUUUGGCUUCGAGUACAAGCUCAAGCUCUCCACGCGCCCCGAAAAGUACAUUGGCGACGUGGCCGUCUGGGAUAUGGCUGAGGCCAAGCUCACCGAGGCCCUAAACGCUUUCACCACCAAAAAUGGCAGCAAGUGGGAGCUCAACCCCGGCGACGGCGCGUUCUACGGCCCCAAGAUUGACAUUACCGUCUACGACGCCCUCCGUCGCGAGUUCCAGUGCGGCACCAUUCAGCUCGACUUUAACCUGCCCAAGCGUUUCAAGCUGCGCUACGUGGCCGCCAAGGACGAGGAGGCCGCUGGUGGCGGCGACGCCGAGCCCGAUUUGCCUGCUGGCUACGCCCGCCCUGUCAUGGUCCACCGUGCCGUCCUCGGCUCCGUCGAGCGCAUGUUUGCCAUUCUUACUGAACACUUUGGCGGCAAGUGGCCUUUUUGGCUCUCGCCCCGCCAAGUCCUCGUCGUGCCCAUUAUGCCCGCCGUCAAUGCUUACGCCACUGAGGUCCAGAGCGUCUUGAAGGCCAAGGGCCUCUACGCCGACGUCGACCUUAGCGGCAACACGUUUCAGAAAAAGAUUCGCACCGGCCAACUGGAGCAGUACAACUUUAUCUUUGUCGUCGGCGCCGAAGAGGAAAAGUCGCAUACCGUCAACAUUCGCAACCGCGACGACCAGGCCACGCAGAGCAAGGGUGAGCUGAUCCCCCUGCUGCAGGCGGUGGAGCGGAUGGUCAAGCUCAAGGAGGAGAGGAAACGCGUCGAAAAGGAUUAA